AUGAAUGUGUCUGAGAUUGUGUUGGUUCAUCAGUCUGAGAGCUGGGAGGGAGCUCUAGAAUACUGUAGACAUCAUCAUGAUGAUCUGGCAUCUCUGAGCUCAAACAGAAGCAUGACUGAUGCUCUCAGUAAGAUCACAGGAGAUCAAACACAAUACGUGUGGAUUGGUCUGCGCUUUCUAGCAGGUAGAUGGUUCUGGAUCAGUGGAGAUGAUCUUAUCUUCAAGGUCUGGUCUUCAGAUGAACAGCUUCAAUGUCCUGCCCAAAACCAACGCUGUGCAGCUCUGGACAAGAACACACAGACCUGGACACCCAGAGACUGUGAGGAGAAGCUCAACUUUCUGUGUUUUGCAUAA